AUGUCUGCCGGGGAUAGUGACAACCCUGUCCUAUACGAGCAGCUUGAGGACCUCCAAGACGAGUUCGAGCAGGUCGACGUUGAGUUGCUGCGCAUGCAGCACAAGUUGACCCGCGAUCUCUACGUCAAGCGCGACAAGAUUAUUUCUAAAAUCCCCAACUUCUGGCCUCUCGUGUUCGAGCAGGCUCCGCCUGAGAUCGAUGAGUACAUGCAGCUGGAGGAUGCCGCUGUCAUCUCGUCUGCUCUCAAGAACCUCCAUGUAGAGCGUUUUGAGCUCCCUGAUGGCAACCCUCGUAGCUUCUCAAUCAAGUUUGAGUUCACCGACAACGAUUGGUUCCACAACAAGACCCUCGAGAAGAAGUUUUGGUGGCGUCUUCGCAAGAAGGAUGACUUCUCCGGCCUCGUGUCUGAACCCGUCGAGAUCGACUGGAAGCCCGGAAAGGACCUGACCAACGGCCUGCUCACCCUCGCCAAGAAGAUCCACGAGGAUGACAAGGCCGGCAAGUCUGGCGACACUGAAAACAAACGUCAGCUGUGCAAGAUAAAGGCCGUGGCCAGUACGGAAAGCCGCAGCUUCUUCAAUUUCUUCGGCUUCCGAGGCCACUACAUUACCGAAGAGGAGAGCCUUGAGGCCACCAAAGCUGUUGAAGAGGAGCGCAAGGCCCGCAAGGAGGGCAAGGAAAUCGAGGUGAAGGAGGGCGAGAAUGCUGAUGCGGAUGAGGACGUUGACGUCGGGGGCGACGAUGAAGAGCACGACGCCCAGGACGAGUACGAGUCCGAGUACAAGUACGACGUCUUCCCCCCGGGCGCAGAGAUCGCCCUCGCCAUUGCUGAGGACCUCUGGCCCGAAGCCAUCCAACUCUUCCAGGAAAGCGAGGAGCUUGCUGCGAUCAACGAGAUGGAUGUUGGGGAUGAUGAGGAUGAUGAGGAUGACAAAGACGAUCAGAUGGCCGAGGACGAGGAUGAGGACGAGGGCGAGAAUGAGAGUGAGGGGAAAGACGGGGGACAGCCCAGCAAGAAGCGCAAGGUUUAA